GUUCUGCCCUUCAGUAGCAGAGAGAUGCAUUCUCUUAAUUGCGGUUUCAAAGAGGUUUUUUUUAACCUGGGAAUUAAGUAGCGUUGUUCCCUGCAUGGGGAGGGUCACAUUGCUCUCCAGGGCCUCAGGGGCUGAAACUAGAUGGGGCUCAUUCCAGCCCAGCAAAUGAGCCGGCUUCAGGAGAAGAAAUGCUGUCAGGAUGCACUCAAAGGGAAGUGAUGUGAAACUAACCUGCUGUCACACUUGUCCUCACGGAGAGAGCCAUGGCUACUGUGGAAAAACUCCAAGAGGAAGCUUCUUGUUCCAUCUGUUUGGAGUAUUUCCAAGACCCGGUGUCUAUACACUGCGGGCACAACUUCUGCCGAGCCUGCAUCACUCAGUGCUGGGCCGAACUGGCUACAAACUUCUCCUGCCCGCAGUGCAGACAGACCGCCCAGCAGAGAAACUUCAGGCUCAACAGGGAGCUGGCGAACAUGGUGGAGCUAGUGAAACAGCUGAAGUUGCCUCCAACAAAAGAGCCAGAGGCGGAGCGAGUGUGCGAGAAACACAGGGAGCCUCUGAAACUCUUCUGUGAGGAGGAACAACAAUUAAUCUGUUUGGUCUGCAGAGAGUCCUGGGCGCACGGAGCUCACGCUGUGGUUCCCAUAGAGGAGGCUGCCCAGAAGUACAAGGAGCAAGUCAAGGCUCGACUGCAGGCUCUGAGGGAAGAGAGAGAAAAACUCCUGGGAUUUAAACUGACUGGUGAGAGGAGGAGCUGGGAGUAUCUGGAAAAGAUCAAAAAGGAGAGGCAGAGAAUUGGGUUUGAAUUUCAGCAGCUCCGCCAGUUUCUGGAGGAACAAGAGCGCCUCCUGCUGGCCCGGCUGGAAGAGUUGGACAGGAUUAUGAAGUGGCAAAAGGAAACGGUCACCAGAUUUCCCAUGGAGAUUUCCCAUCUUAAUAGCCUGAUCAGUGAGCUGGAGGGGAAGUGCCAGCAGCCAGCGAGUGAUUUCCUGCAGGACAUCAGGAUCACCUUGAGCAGGUGCGAGAUGUUCCAGCAGCCCACAGGGAUUUCUCUUGAGCUGGAAAAGAGACUCAGUGAUUUCUCUCAAAAAACUAUUGCCUUAAAGGAGACCCUGAGGAAAUUCAAAGGUACCAAGAGGGGAGGCAGGUGCGAGAUGUUCCAGCAGCCCACAGGGAUUUCUCUUGAGCUGGAAAAGAGACUCAGUGAUUUCUCUCAAAAAACUAUUGCCUUAAAGGAGACCCUGAGGAAAUUCAAAGACACUCUGGCUCUGGGACUAGAGACCGGUGCAGGGAGAUCUCUAGCGUGGGGUGUGGACACCAUAGGAAGAAAGGCGAAUGUGACUCUGGAUCCAGACACGGCUCAUCCCCAGCUUGUCCUAUCUGCGGAUGGGAAAGGCGUGAGACGGGGACACGAGCAGCAGGAUCUGCCCGACAAUCCCGAGCGAUUCGAUUCCGUUCUCUCCGUGCUGGGCCGUGACGGGUUCGCCUCGGGCAGACACUACUGGGAGGUGGAGGUGGGCGUUGGGGGAAUCUGGUCGGUGGGGGUGGCCAGGGAGUCUGUAAGGAGGAAGGGACGGAUGAGCAAUUACCCUGAGCAGGAGAUCUGGGCUGUGGGUCACUGGGGUGGUCAGUACCGGGCUUACACCGCCUGUGAGACCAUCCUACCCCUGCCUACGAUCCCCAGGAGAAUCCGGGUGGCUCUGGACUAUGAAGGGGGGCGGGUGGCAUUUUUUGAUGUUGACAACAAGUUCCUGAUCUUCAUUUUCCCACCGGCCUCUUUCACUGGGGAGAGACUCUUCCCUUUCUUUUUGGCGGGAUCCCCACUCCGGCUGUGUCCCUGAGAUAGGGGUGAAGGGGAAUGGUCCCAUAUGAUCAUAGGUGCUGACUCCACAGGUGCUCCGGGGAUGGAGCGCCCCUGGAAAAAAAAAUAGUGGGGGCUCAGCACCCAUCAGCCACAGCUGUUCAGCGGCAUGGCCGAUCAGCUGUUUGGCAAUGCCCCUGAUUAGCUAAUUGGGGGGCUCUGCUAAGCAGCUGAUGGCGGUCCCAACAAACAGCUGUUUGGUGGCUUGGAGAGGGGUUUGGGGGAGGGCAGAAAACAGUGAGUGGUGGGCAGGC